UUGAAUGUCUUGUUGAAAAGGGAAAAUGGUAGACUCUGAAAAAACGCUUUAUGACCCAGAUUUGUACAAGAAUGUAUUUUGCAAUCCAGCAUUUGAACCAGAUAAUGAACAUGAUGAAAUCAAAGAAGUAUGCAAGGUUGCCAUAUCCUCCGAACCUGUUAACAGUUGUACAAUUAGAGGCAGCAUCAUGUUUGGUCUGUGUGUAGGGUGUGUGAGGAGACCGUGGUGUAACUGGGGAGCACUGGUGUUUAUAGCAUCUCUACUGUUACUCCUGGCAGUCCUGGGACUCACGCUAGCACUUGCUCUUACACAUAUAAAAGACCUUGCUGAAGGAAGAAUGCUGUCUCUAAACUCCUUGACUGAAAACAGCAUUCAGGAAGGUCUUGUCCCGAAACCCACUAUUCCUCUUCAUGAAUACAGCUCACCCAUGCCACACCUCGUGCACAAACCCAUCCCGUAUACAAAAUGUGGAGGGAUCCUGACUGAAUCAGAGGGAACUUUCAGCUCCCCCAACCAUCCAGGCCCAUACCCUGCUGACUCCAUGUGUGUUUGGGUGAUUAGAAUGUCCCCUCCAUCUCUGGUCCAGCUCCACAUCUCCUCCUUAGCCAUUGAGGGACCAGUGCCAUGUCUUUUUGAUUGGCUGGAGCUUGGAGAAGAAGGAGAGCAUACCAACACUGUCACCAGGUUCUGUGGUAAUGUGGCUCCACCCACUGUGAACACUAACACCAGCACUCUAUGGGUUUCAUUCUUGUCUGAUAGCAGUAUUGGGGGCAACGGCUUUAUCGCACAGUAUAAGGCCAUCCUUCCAUGGCAAAAAAGCUGCUCUGUGGAGGAGUUUAUGUGCGAUAGUGGCCGCUGCCUGUUGCCAGUGUCUGUAUGUGACAGGCAGCUCAAUUGUCAAGACCAGACGGAUGAGGCCAACUGCAGCCACAAACACAGGGAUUGUGGAGGUGAAAAGACAGGUCCAAAUGGCUCAUUGUCCAGUCUAAAUCAUCCAAAGCCUUAUCCUCACCAGCAGCGGUGUACGUGGCAUAUAUCUGCAGACAAAGGACAAGUUAUACAACUGAGUUUCCACAACUUUAGCCUGGAGACUCAAGAUGUCUGUGAGUUUGACUAUGUUGAGGUUCAUGACAGCAUCAACACUGGAGACAGCAGCGUCCUAGGCAGAUUUUGUGGCUCAGACCUCCCCCCAGACCUGACCUCCACUGGCCCCGUGAUGAGUGUUGUGUUUGUGGCUGAUGACGGUGUAGCUGAUACUGGCUUCUAUGCCUCAUAUCAGGUCAUCUCUCUCUUAGAGAGAGGCUGCAGUCCUGAGCAGUUUGCCUGCAGCACAGGGGAAUGCCUGCACCAUGACUGGCUCUGUGAUGGCUGGAAUGACUGCAUGGAUGGUGCAGAUGAGGAAAACUGCAGCAGCUCCACGUACCCACCUUAUACUCCAUCUUGUGAGCCCAUUCAGGUGGAGAUGUGCCAAGGUCUAAGCUAUAAUCUCACGUCCUUCCCCAACAUAUGGCUCUCCAUUGCUGAUCAGAGAGAGGCUGCUUACAUGCUUCGCCAGUACAGGGUGCUGAUGGAGUUGGAUUGUUUUAAGCCCCUGAGGCAGCUUGUCUGUGCGCUGUUUGUGCCGCAGUGCAGCGUGAAAGGUGGCGUGCUGCAGCCAUGUAGCUCCGUGUGUUCAGUCGCUCAGCAGCAGUGUGCGCGUGAUCUGGAGCUCUUUAGCCUCAGUUGGCCCUUUAACUGUCACCUGCUUUCUGACUCACAGGACCCCAUGCAGUGCUCCAUGCCAUAGGAUACAGAACUGCUCACACUCGCUCUAACU